UGGCAUGAAUAAUGCAAUUUUUGAAUAUUAGAAGUGUAACAAGGUAGGGGUAUAAUCUCGUGUCACGAGAUCUCGCGAUAUUGGAACAUGAGAUUUCUCGUCGGACUGAAAAGCGGUCUCGCGAAGGAACUGCAAAUUAGCUGCUGUAAGUGUGUUGGCGUCUGAGUAAAUUACCAUAGUAGAUGCCCCAGACACUUUUAAAUCUCCUACAUGGCAGCAUUUCGGGUACCCGGCGGAAAAUAUAAACGGCCAAAGCGUGGCAGAAAAAACACGAACCAUCUGUAAGCAUCGUAGGAAAAUAAUGCCGUACACAGCGGCUAACGCUGCUACUAUGCAAAGCCAUUUGCAGCGUCGUCAUAGCUCUUUACUUAAAAUCCACUGCACCGGUGAAAAAAAACAUUAAAAAGGUUUUAUGUUUGUCAUUUAUAUUGUUUUAUUAUUAUUCUAUUUUAUGUUCAAUUGAGAAAUCAAAUAGGAGUGAAGCCUGUCUUUUGAGUUUGUGGUGAAAUAUUUUAUGGUGAUAUAUUUUGUUCUGUUCUUUACUGCAUAUGAUGAUGGUGAUUUAAAACGUUUCACCAUACAUCUGUAUUAUUUAGCAUUUUUUGUCUUUCAAAUUAAUCAUAUAAUAGGCUGCUUUCCAGUAAUAUAUUUCCUCCUUGAAGUUUUCCUUAAAAUAUCUCGUGGGCUAACCCAUACUGAACAUAAUUAUGUAAUUUUUGUUGCUUAGAAAUGUUUAAAUUGUUAGUUAUUGUCCAAUGUUGUUAAGCAAAAUGUAUUGAAAUUUUCAUAUAUUUAAAUAUGUUUUUGUUUUGUAAGGGUUGUUUUUCUCUACACCAGAACAACAGAAAAUGUGUUACUUCUGAGGCAAAUCAUACUAAUGAAAUGAGUAAAGCCACGUCGUCUUCUCAAUUUCUGCCUAAGAUUCAUGCUCCUGAGAUUUCUAAUAGGCAAUCUGUCAAGUGGGUCUUUGGCUGGAUAAAAAAAUAACAUGAAAGACAGCAUUCAUUGCGUGGUAAGGGGAGGAGAUAGUAAUCUAAAAAACAAGAAAACGAAAACUUCACCGUUUCUGCCAUUUCCUGUAAUUUCCAGAGUGACACACAUACAGGCAGAUGAGGUUUUAAAACAAUGGGGGAGUGACAUGUAUAGGGAGUUUUCCUGCCUGUCUCACAUCAGUCACCCUACUUACAGUGAAGCCACAGUGUCAUUUAUGCUCAGUCUAAAAUGGCAGUUAUGAUCGUUCUGUUGCUUCUUCCACUAGCCCUGGGUUCAAAAGAUGAGCUGCAGGUGAUGCAGCCAUUGUGGCAAAGUGUCAGCCCCAGUGGCGUCGCCCAUAUUCGAUGUGAGUGCACAGAGGAGGACAUGGAGGAUAGGGAACUGGAGAUAAAGCUGAUGAAGAUAAAUGACCACCAGUGGAGCUGCUCAGCCAAUAAGAGGACAUCCCCACACUGCUCGGUGCAGAAGGAGGGCAGCGGGGUCAUUACGUUCACCCUGUCACACCAGAAGCCUGACAGACACGACAUGUAUAUCUGUGAGUGCACUAGGUCGUGGCCUAGUCCUGUCAUCAGGCAAAAUGGCACUGGAACCGUACUCGUCGCAGAGAUACACUGUCCCAUCUUAAACUUCUGGACAUGGACUCUGAUUGGAGUGGCAGGAUUAUUCUGUCUUUGCAGCAUGUUUGUUACAUGCGCCUACAUAAAGUUGAGGGUCUUGCAGUCUGAAGAGACAGAUGAUUCACUAACCUAUGUACAGAUGCAGAGGAAGAGGCGGGACCCAGAGAACAAUGCUGAGUACGUCGACAUGCGGGAAGUGUAUUCGGUUGGCAGAGGCUCUGGAAGAGACAUGAAUUACAACUCCCAGCAGUUUCACUGUAUGUCAUACCCAAGCAAGUGAGCGCUUCACAUAAUUGCAUUCCUUACCAAGCACAUUUUGCUGCAAUUACUAUAGUCUGCAGUCUAGAUAUGAUGCCAUUAUACUGCCUAUAAUGAAACAUGAUUGUUGACAAAAAUGUAUAAACAGCUGUUGAAGUGCAAUGACUAAUUAUUGGAAUAGGAAUGUAUGAUCUAUGAUCACUGUAAAUAAUCUUUCCUGUUUAUUUUAAUAUUCUUAACCUGUAUGUUAAGGGUAAUACUGUCAUACGCACAUAUAUAAAUAUAUAUAAGGAUAUUAUUUCCAGAGCCACUAAAUGAAGUAAAAUAAAACUUCUUCUAAAACUAAGACUUUGAAUGUCUACAUAUGGUACCUAUGAAGGACACAGUAGCAAGAAAUUAGCAAAUAUAUCAAUAUAAAAUAGAUGAUGUAUCUAUAGAAAUAAAAUCGUGAUGUGAUAACUUAUUGAUUAGAUGUGAUUAGAUGUGAUUGUGAUAAAAUUGUGAUGGGGAAGCAGCAUGUGGCUCUGUGGGCUAAGCCUGUGUGCCUGUAAUCAGAAGGUCACAGGUUCAAACCCAGCCUCAGCCUGUGGGUCCUUGAGCAAGGCCCUUAACCCCCAGCUCUAUGAGAAAAGAGGAAGUUGGGGGAGGCAUAAAGACAAUUUCCCUAUGGGUAUCAAUAAAGUAUCAAUUAUUAUUAUCAUUUCAUGGAAUCCAGAGUGUCUCAUAUGACUUGAAUGUAGUUAAAUUUCAGUGGAACUUUCAGCAAUACAUUGUGUCUUCCUCCGCCCACUUAUCACACAUAUCUACUUUUUCCUUUGAUGUUUUUCACUCAUGUCAUUUCCCGUCACCACUGUGCUGACAUCACUAAGCGAUUAAAUUCCUUGAAAAGGCGUCUGUGAAAAGGAACUCAGGUUAUUGAAUAAAUGGUACAUAUUUGUAA